AGUGACGCAUUGACGUCAGCGCGCGGUUACACAGUCCCGCCGUCGAGCCAGAGAGCCGGGAUUGGGGGGGCCGGCGUUGGCUGCGGCGGCGGCGCCCGUUUUCACUUGGAGCGGGGCCUCCGGCACGGCGCCAGUCCCCGCCCCCUUGGGCCCAGGCCUCGGCUCCCCCAACCCGCCUCGGACCUCUCCGUCCAGCCCAGGUCCGUCAUCAUGGUAUCCUCCGGCCUUCAGUUCACCAAUCCUCGCUGAGCCCUCAGGAGGCGAGCGCAUCCUGGGGCCAACAUGCCUAUCCUGACACGACCUCCUUGCUGUUACCUGAACAAGACACUCCAUCUCUUGGCCCCAAGCAUUUUCUCUGGCUGUCCCCCAUGCCUGGAAUGCUCUUCUUCCUCAUUUCCGCCUCCUGGAUUCCCUGGCUUCUUUCAAGUCCCAGGAAUAUGCUGCUGCUGUGGUGCUUUACGUCCUCGUUUCAAACGUCUGGUGGAUAACAUAUUUCCUGAAGAUCCAAAAGAUGGUCUUGUUAAAGGUGACAUGGAGAAACUGACGUUUUAUGCUGUAUCUGCCCCAGAGAAACUAGAUCGAAUUGGAACUUACUUGGCUGACAAACUGACCAGAGAUGUUGUCAGACACCGGACUGGGAAUGUUUUAAUUGCUAUGGAGGCAUUGGACCAGUUGCUAAUGGCUUGCCAUUCUCAAAGCAUCAAACCAUUUGUAGAAAGUUUUCUGCAUAUGGUAGCAAAGCUGCUGGAGUCAGGAGAACCAGAACUACAAAUGCUUGGAACUAAUUCUUUCGUCAAAUUUGCAAAUAUUGAAGAAGAUACACCCUCUUAUCAUAGACGUUAUGACUUUUUCGUUUCUCGAUUCAGUUCCAUGUGUCAUUCCUGUUAUGAUGAUCCAGAGGUACAGAGAGAAAUCCGUGUAGCUGGGAUCCGAGGCAUUCAGGGUGUGGUUCGCAAAACAGUUAAUGAUGAGUUACAGGCAACUAUAUGGGAACCACAGCAUAUGGACAAAAUUGUUCCUUCUCUGUUAUUUAACAUGCAAAAAUUAGAGGAUGUUGACAGUCGCAUAGGCCCUCCUUCCUCUCCUGAUGGUGAUAAAGAGGAAAAUCCUGCUGUAUUGGCUGAAAACUGCUUCAGAGAAUUACUGGGCCGAGCAACAUAUGGGAAUAUGAGUAAUGCUGUUCGACCAGUUUUUGAACACUUAGAUCAUCACCACCUAUGGGAUCCCAAUGAAUUUGCAGUCCAUUGCUUUAAAGUUAUAAUGUAUUCCAUUCAGGCACAGUAUUCUCACCACGUGAUCCAAGAGACCCUUGCACAUCUUGAUGUUCGAAAAAAAGACUCUCCACGUGUUCGAGCCGGGAUUAUCCAGGUUCUAUUAGAAGCAGUGGCCAUUGCUGCUAAAGGAUCUAUAGGCCCCACAGUACUGGAAGUAUUCAAUACCUUACUGAAGCAUUUACGUCUCAGUGUUGAAUUUGAGGCUGGUGAAAGACGGGGCUCCAUGGGUAGUGUCAAUGUAAGCACGAGCACCAAAGAUAAUGAUGAGAGGAUUGUCCAGAAUGCUAUUAUUCAAACAAUAGGUUUUUUUGGAAGUAAUUUACCAGAUUAUCAGAGAUCAGAAAUUAUGAUGUUUAUCAUGGGAAAAGUACCUGUUUUCGGAACUACCACACAUACAUUGGAUACCAGUCAGCUAGGGGAUUUGGGGACCAGACGGAUUCAAAUAAUGUUGCUGAGAUCUUUACUUAUGGUAACAUCUGGAUACAAAGCUAAGACUAUUGUUACUGCAUUACCUGCCCCAUUUCUUGAUCCUAUAUUAUCUCCAUCUCUAAUGGAAGACUAUGAAUUGAGACAGCUGGUCCUGGAAAUUAUGCAUAACCUCACUGAUCGACAUGACAAUCGGGCAAAACUUCGAGGAAUCAGAAUCAUACCAGAUGUAGCUGACCUUAAGAUAAAAAGAGAGAAAAUUUCCAAGCAAGAUGCAAGUUUUAUGAAAAAGAAUGGUCAACAGUUAUACCGGCACAUUUAUUUGGGCUGUAAGGAAGAUGACAACGUUCAAAAAAACUUUGAAUUACUCUAUACUUCACUUGCUCUGAUAACUAUUGAACUGGCCAAUGAAGAAGUGGUUAUUGAUCUUAUACGAGUAGCCAUUGCUUUACAGGAUAAUGCCAUCAUUAAUGAGGAUAAUUUGCCCAUGUUUCAUCGUUGUGCUAUGAUGGCAUUAGUUGCAGCAUAUCUCAACUUUUUAAGUCAGAUGAUAGCAGUUCCUGCUUUUUGCCAGCAUGUCAGCAAGGUUAUUGAAAUAAGAACAAUGGAAGCACCCUAUUUUCUACCAGAACAUAUUUUCAGAGAUAAGUGCAUGCUUCCAAAGUCUCUAGAGAAACAUGAAAAAAAUUUGUAUUUCUUGACUAACAAGAUAGCAGAAUCAUUAGGGGGCAGUGGAUAUAAUGUUGAAAAACUAACAGUGCCAUAUGUGCCACAAGUAACAGAUGAAGAUCGACUUUCCAGACGGAAGAGCAUUGUAGACACUGUAUCCAUUCAGGUGGAUAUUUUACCAGGCAGCAACCCUAUUGAUAAUAUGGUCAGUACUACCACUGAAGAAAUAACCUUUGAAGCAUUGAAAAAAGCAAUUGAUACCAAUGGAAUGGAAGAACAAGAAAAAGAGAAGAGGCGCCUUGUGAUUGAGAAGUUUCAGAAAGCACCUUUUGAAGAAAUUGCAGCUCAAUGUGAAACUAAAGCAAAUUUUCUUCAUGACAGACUUGCACAAAUACUGGAGCUCACCAUACGUCCUCCCCCGAGUCCAUCAGGAACAUUAACCAUUACAUCUGGACAUGCCCAGUACCAGUCUGUCCCAGUUUAUGAGAUGAAGUUUCCAGAUCUCUGUGUGUAUUGAGUCUUAUGGAGUCUGCUGAAUCAUAUUUAGUAUAAAGUUGAAAAUCAAGGCCAAAAUCAGUUUUUAGGGUUAAUUUGCUUCAUCCCAGUUAAAAUAUUUAUUCAAAAUAAUUAUGAAACUAAAGUUGAACCAAAUGAUUGAUUGCCGGAGCAAAUUGGGCAUUUUUAAACUGUAUUCUCUCAAGUACAUUGGAGCAUACAGAUUUGUCAUGCCAAUUUGUUUUUCCAUUUGAAUAUUGGUUUUAAAAGUUGAGCAAGUAAAGUUUUUACAUGUUCUAUAGUACAUUUUAAACUUUUCAGAAAUGCUUGUUUCAAAUGCAAGUUGUUAUUUUUUCAAAUAGGAAAGGAAAUUUACUAACAUAGAGAAUAUAUAUGAUGUAUUUCUUAAUCUUAUAAAGAACUGUUUUAGCAAGAAUGGCUUUGGCUUCCUGUCACAUAGAAUAGUAAAGAAGUAUAUUUGCUCACUAACGUGGAAGCUUGUGUUUGGUGGCUUAUUCUUCUCUGCUUUAGAAUAAGUUGUAAAAAACCACCAAUGCUUAUUUACAAUUACAAAUUACAUUUGAGUGAUAGUGGUCAAAGGCUAUAAACUAUAAAAUAUACUUUUACAAAUCUGGUACUGCUAUAUUGUUUUCUGCUAAAAAUUUAACUGUUCUUGAGAAGCAUAAAGCAACUUCUUAGAGCACCAAAUUGUGCAAUAUUUUUCACAUCAUAUAUAUAUAUAUAUAUAUAUAUAUAUAUAUAUAUAUAUAUAUAUAUAUAUAUAUAUAGUUGAUGGGCCAUGCUUUGAAAUUGCAGUUGUAGUUUGCUGCGGCUCCAUUAAUUGAGAGAGAUAUAUUUAGUAUAGAAAGACAUUUUUAAGAAGUUAAUUGUUCACCUGUGAAUUCACAAAUACAAAAAGUGAGAAGUCUAUACAUUUCUCUUCAUAGUAUAUUUAAAUUUACAGUAACAUUUUACAUAUUGAUUAUUUUUUAAUCAGUCCUACAGUUUCAACAUUCCCUAAUGUUGAUUUAAAGUUUAUUUUGUAAGAUUUGAACCAAAUGUACUGACAUACAUCUGGUUUUUUAGACUUACUUUAGACUACCCUGUGGUUUUAGAGAACAAGUGUGCUGAAUUUCAUAGGUUUAUAUUUCUGCUAAUAGCAAUGUUACAGUGUAUGCAUACUGACAUGCUUUUGAUAAUAUUUAAAAUGGGUAUGUAUUUUGGUGAAUUCCUUGGCACUGGGUCUUAAUAAACACUUUUUUUCUUCAUGGUCCGUUUUGAAAUUCUUUUCAGAAGAUUAAAAAUCAUCUGUUCCACAGUCCAGUACCUUGAGUGGAAGAUUUUUCAGCCUACAUUGCCAUUUACAUGAAGCAGCAUAAGCAUCUCAAAGGCUAAAAGGAACUUAAUAUUUUAAUUUAGAAAAUUGUAAUAAAGUGUUCAUGUGAAUUUGUGUGUAUUAUUUAGGCUCUACUGGAAAAAUGAAGAGAAAAUAAGGAAAGUCACUGUAAAUCUUAUGAAUAUGUAAACCAAAAUAAUGAUUCCCCUUGAUGCUUUUUUGGAAGUAUAGUAGUGCAUGCCCCAUGUUGUAAUCAGUUAAACCUAUGAAAUGACACCUUAAAACAAGAUGGAAUGUUCUCAAAACCCAGCCAUUUUCCAGUGAACAGGGUACUCACAGUUGUAGACAACAAAUUAGCCUCUCCAAUAUUCUAUGGAGUCUUUUGCUGCUACAGCUUGACAUCCUAUUCAAACAAGAGUUUUUCCAUCAGUACUUUUGCCAUUUGCCCACAUUAAUUUUCUUUUUAAGGUAAGAUAUUUUUUGACCUACAUUCUUUUUUUUUUUUUAAGAAUUUAAAUGGGGGGACAGAAUGCAGAACAAUCAUCAUCCACUCGGAUGUCAUUUUAUAAAUUAACACUGUGUGCUUUUGUAUGAAAAAAAGAAAUAUAAUUUAAUAAUCUAUGAAAAUAAUAAAUUACGAAUGUAUUUUCAUUUGCACUCAUGCAAUAUACAAACUGCUGUACAUAUUUUCUUUUUUGGGAAAUUUAAAUUUGCUGCAUGUAUUGAUCGCAUGUACCCUUGGAAAUAUAAUUGGCCUUUAUUGCACCUUUCACUUAGUUUGUUUAUCCAUUGUUGGUUUGAGUUUUUCUUGGUUUCACCACAGUAGAUUCCUAUACAUCCUGGAUUACUGGGUCUUACUCUGGUGUUGGUUGUAAGUUCUGAGAAUUGAUAUUUUCUUUGAUUUAUUUCUUGUGUCACGGGAACACUGCAGAUACUUGUAUGUGCAUCAUUAAGGCAUUUUGGAGACAGUAUGGAAUUUGUUUACCAUCUGAUUUUGUUGAUAUUUUUUCCUGUAGGUAUUAAGUCGAAUAAACUGUUAAGUAUUCUAAUUUCAAUGUAUGCAGUUAUUUUGUAUCAUAUUAUUUUUCUUGAGUAGUUUUAGUAUUUAGAAUAUGCAAUGUGUGUGCUGGGUCUCUAAUACCUGUGACUGUUUCAUUAAAAGUUUGACUGUCA